AUAAUCUAAUGGAAUAUUUUGUUAUUUGACAGGAUAUUCCAUGAAAAAGAUUACAAAUAAACAGUAGAAUCAGAAGUUUUAAAAUUCAAUCACCUGUUCUAAAAUGCUCAAAAAGAAAGAAGUGUGGUUCAAUUUCUCAGGCCGGAUGAGACCGGUGUUGUAUUUUUCAUGACCCAAGCCCAUCUUUACAUGUUGGGUUUGUGGUUCGUGUACUACUUUUGUUCUGGACAUACUAGAUUCAUUUUAUUUGGUCGAAACUGUCAAUGAAUAUUGAGCAGUGAUUAGAUUCAGUGAAUCCCUCAAUAAUAGUAACAUCGUAUUAUCGUAUUAUCUCUAGUGAUAACAUUAUCAUUUAAAUAUUGUAUUACAUACCCAUUCUGCCACACCUUUGUAAGUAUGGUCCGGGUCCGUCAUGCGAAUCUACGAGCACGAGCGGUGGUGAGGAAUCCCAGUGCAGAGCUAUAUCAAAUAGACUCUUGUGUGUCAUUAAUGCGUAGUAACACAUGAAGGCUAUCAAAGCUCCUUUCUCUGCCAUACCAAAUUAGGCAUUUUCAUCGUCCCGUUUUUCUUUUUUCCGAUCUAUUUGCAUUUCUGUUCUGAUUUCAAUUCCUUUUUUGAACCAAAUGUGCCCUUAAUUCUUUAACACAAUUCAAUUGUGAGUGAUGUGUGUUCGUGAAGGUAUGUGUGGAAUAGUUUAGAGAAAGGAUUCCAUGUCCACCCAACUGUGCACUUAAUCAGUUCUUAAAGAUUAAUCUAAGCUCUACAAACAUCUAGCUAAAGCUUCUUCCUCACCUUUUUAAGAUCUCUUGCGUGCCUUCUCACAAUGUGAAAAGCACCAAAUUCCUCUAAAAGCUAGCCCAACAAAAUGUAAAAAGCAAUGUAAAAAAGCAAAGUGUUGCCAUUACCUCAAAAGCUACACUACUAUUCGCAUUACUAUCUCCCUCCCUUGUCCCUUCUCUCCUCUUUCUUAGCCUUGAAGCAUGGCAUGCAUUCCUUUCCCUCCCCAAACUACCAACAAUCUCAUCUAUAAAUCCCAUAAUCUCCAUCUUAACAAGGGAAAACCUAUUCUCUUAUACUUGCUUUCGCCCAUUGAAUCGCUGAGAGGUUGAAGCCGAGAGAGAAGCUCUAACACUCGAAAGAAAAAAUGCCUAGAGAUACUGAUUGGGGUCCGAUAAUCGUUGCAGUGAUCCUCUUCAUCCUUCUAUCGCCGGGGCUUCUGUUUCAGCUUCCCGCGAGGACGAGGGUGGUGGAGUUUGGGAACAUGGCAACUAGUGGGAUCUCAAUUCUAGUUCAUAGCAUAUUGUUCUUCUGUAUACUCACCAUUUUAGUUGUUGCAAUAGGUAUUCAUAUUCAUGCUGCUUGAAUGAUUUAAAAAUGUGAGGAAGAAAACUUGAUUUGUUAAUUGUCAGGGAAAUUUACUGGAACUUCUUCACUUUUCUGUACUCUUGUUUUCUUUCUUUUUGCCCCCCUCAAAUAACAUCCAUUUGGAUUCACAAUUGUGGACUCUUGUAAGCAGUUAUGAAUACUUAUUGCUGAUCAACGUGUAACAAGAUUGCUGUGUUACCAAAGUACAGUUAUUUGCUGAUAAGAAGAUUA